GGGACGGGGCGGACCGCGCCGACCGCCCCGCGUCGGGAGGCAACCGAGAGGCCGGGGAGCGGCGCAGGAGGAUGGCGGGUGGCGAGCGGCUCAUCCCCAAAGGCUUCCCCAAGCUGAAGAACGACACGUUCCUGCGGGCGGCGCGCGGGGAGGAGACAGAGUACACCCCGGUGUGGUGUAUGCGGCAGGCGGGGCGGUUCCUGCCAGAGUUUCACGAGAUACGGAGGUCACAGGAUUUCUUUGCCACUUGCCGGAGCCCCAAACUGUGCUGUGAGCUGACACUGCAGCCACUAAGACGAUUCCCCCUGGAUGCUGCCAUCAUCUUCUCUGACAUCUUGGUGGUGCCCCAGGCGCUGGGCAUGGAGGUUGUCAUGGUCUCUGGCAAAGGACCCGUGUUCACAGAGCCUCUGAAGGAAGUGGAGGAUCUGCUGAAAUUGCGACAGAAGGUGGAUGUCACCGCAGAGCUGGGUUAUGUCUUCCAGGCCAUCACGCUGACACGACACAGCCUGGAGGGCAAGGUGCCCCUCAUCGGCUUCUCGGGAGCACCAUGGACACUCAUGUCCUACAUGAUUGAAGGUGGUGGCUCCACUACAAUGGCCAGGGCCAAGAGCUGGCUCUACCGUCACCCUGAGGCAAGCCACCGUCUGCUACGGCUGCUGGCCGACAUCAUCAUUGACUACCUGGUGGGGCAGGUGGCUGCUGGAGCACAGGCACUCCAGCUGUUUGAGUCCCAUGCAGGGCACCUGGGCCCACAGCUGUUUCAGGACUUUGCCCUGCCUUACAUCCGAGACAUUGCCCAGGCUGUCAAGAGAAAGCUGAAGGAGGAGGCACUGCCCCUGGUGCCCAUGAUCAUCUUUGCCAAGGAUGCGCACUACGCCCUGCGCGACCUGGCCCACGCCGGUUAUGAGGUCGUUGGUCUCGACUGGACCAUCCGGCCCCAGGAAGCUCGUGCACAGGUAGGAAAAGAUGUCACCCUGCAAGGGAACCUGGAUCCAUGUGCUCUCUAUGCACCCAAGGAGAAGAUUGGCGAGCUGGUGAAGAAGAUGCUGGAGAGUUUUGGGACCCAACGCUAUAUUGCCAACCUGGGCCACGGCAUCUACCCCGACAUGAACCCUGAACAUGUGGGUGCCUUUGUGGAAGCUGUGCAUGCUCAUUCCCGUCAUAUCAACGAACACAGCUGACCCUGGGGUCUUGGGGACAGGACUCUGGUUUAGGCACAGUCACCUGUUGUCACAGGGCUCACUCUAGGCUGGGCUGCAGCAUUAAACCGGGACCUUCUCUGCAGCAGCUGUGUGGCUCUGGCUGGGGGGAUGGGGAACUGGACAGCACUGAAGGAGAUGGGAAGUCAUGGCAGGCUGCUAGAGAAGCAGAUGUGGUGAGGGGGAGCCCGAGAGCUCCAUCCUGCAGGUCAAAAUGGGGAAACGGGGAUGGCAGCAGAUAGUGGAGGAUGCCUCUCCCUGCCAGGCUGCAGUGUCCAUGCUUGCAACAGAGGAUGUGAGCCCAAGGCACAGCAGCCUGAGGACGGAUGCACUCAGCCCUGCUAGGGAAGGUGGGCUGCCUGAGGCUGGUAGGAUCACAGCCCACCACUGGCAGAGGCUCAGCAUCAGCUGUCUCACAGUCCUGUGAGACAGGACUAGGUUGGAAUGGGCAAUGUGUCCUCAACCCAGGGUAGUCUCAAAGGGCUGGGAAACCCAGCAGGGCUCACCUGGGAGACAGCUGGGAAAGUGGCAGGAGAACCUCUGACACACCCCCGCCAGCACCCUGCCACACUGGCUAGAAUGGCCCUCCUCCUCCAGCUUCCAAAACCUCUUUAGGACCAUCCCCCUGGUCCUAGAGUGUUCCCCCAUGUACACCUCCCCAUCUCCUCUGAUCCUCAGGGCCAAGCUUGCCUGAGGCUCAGAAAACCGUGCAAAAAUCAGCCCAGGAACCCUGAGCUAGAGCUCUUUGCCACCCCAUCCCACACUGUAGCACACUCACUGUGGUCCAUGUUGGCAGCAGGAUGGAUCAAGACAUGGGCAAAAUGCUGCUGUAGCUGGCAUGAAUAGGGCAAUGUCUUCAACAUGGGAAAGGACCUGUUAACACUGUACACAGCAGGGAAUUGCACCCAGGAGCAGCUGGGGGUGCCUUUUCCCUUCUCUGUCCCUCUUCUUGGGGCACAGGAGCUGGCUACCACAGGGUGCUGCAACACUGCUCUGCACAAGUGUGGUGAGCCCCCCUGUCUUCAGAGAAAGGCAGGAGAGACACAGGCAGUAACGUUCAUCCCUUUUAUUAUUAAACAUCAGAUGAAGAGGUCGCACACACACAUACACGCACGCACGCAAAAAAAAAAAAAAAAAAAAAAAAAAAAAAAAAAAAAAAAAAAAAAAAGGGAAGGAAAAAAGAGAGAAACAGACUGCUUGAAGACUGCUAUUUCAGUGGGGACACAGACCGAGUACAAUUGGGUUCCUGGCCAGAGUACGGACACAAGUCACUUGCCAAAAAAUGAAACCAGACAGCAGAUAACUAGCGCACGUUCUCUAACUACAAGUCAUCCAGACCGGCCCUGGCCCCCCCAGCCCUCCCAACCUGCUGGCAAAGGAACGAAAACAGGAGCCACUGGCCCGGGGCUGGAGCAUGCCCUGAGCGUGGGCUGAGCCGGGAAGGGCCGAGGUUGGCUGCACCACGAGCUGGGAACCGUGCGGGAAGGCGGCGCGGCUGCCCCUCCCUCCCCGGAGCCGGCAGCCCUGAUGCCCGCCCAGGCACCCGCACCCUGCACCCGCCCUGCGACGGGCCGAGUCCGCCAGCAUCUGCAUGUGUCCGAGCGAGAUCGCCCCGAGCUCCUUCCUUCGCUGUCCUCCAGCGCUGGGCUGCUGCUCCUCCAUCCAUCUGUCCGUCCGUCCAUCCGUCCGUCCCGGGGCUGCGAGUUGAGUAGAUGUUCGCCUCCCCCCCACACCCUUCUUGCUGCUGACGAUGCCAUGGGAACCUGAGAAAUGUUCGCGUGCCUCCUCCUCUUUUUGUCUGUGGUUUUGUGUGGGUUUUUUAAAUAAUAGUUAUAAUAAUAAUAACA